AUGCAGAAUCGAUUCAUUCCCAUGCCUAUUGGUGGUGGAAUACCUCACCAAGACAGACCCGAGGAUUAUCCUCGCUAUUGUAGAUUGAUGUUGAUUUUAUUUAAGCCAUGGCGAAGUGUGAAAGAUUUGCGAAGAGAAGACCAAUCUUGGGAAUUGUCAUUCGGAACAUUUUUGAGUGCAUGUGAUAUUCAUUUUAAAAAUGUGAUGAAUAACAUGCAAAUUUUGCAUGAGUGUCGUGACAGUCAAGAU